AUGAAAACCGAUGAGGUGAAAUCAGAAAAAGUCAACAGCUGGGUGGAUGAAGUCAAAGGCGUUUGCCCAGAAAAACGGAACCAGAAAACUAGUUUGUUUCAAGAAUUCUCUCAAAAUGCAACGGUACACGGACUUCGGCACACCUCUCAGCAUGGUCUGUUUAGACGUGGCUUCUGGUGCGUGGCUUUUCUCAGUAUGUUGUCGGGUUUGUUAUAUACGGUCUUCUCCCAGGUUGUUGUCAUACUGGAGUACCCGACCAUAACACAACAGAGCAUGGAAUUCACGGCUGGCCUGCCCUUUCCGGCCGUUACACUCUGUAGUUUAAACCUAUUCCGGAAGUCUAGGAUAGGCAACGAUCCGGUUUUACGUCAGAUGCAACUUGCCAUGUCCGACUUGGGCCAAAUGAGCCCGACCAUUAACUGGAGCGAUCCUAUUUGGAACUAUACCAUGAAUCAGAAGGAGAUUGAGGAAAUGGAGUUGUAUUUGGAAUACAUAGGUCAUCCUCUAGAGGAAACCCUCAUGUUUUGCUCUUGGGACAGCAAAAUCUACGAAUGUAAGGAUAUUUUCAAAGUGCAGAAGAUUGACUUCGGUAUGUGUUUCACGUUCAACGGACGGUGGCAGAAUGCAACUCCCAGGUACUCGAUGCACAAGGGCAACAGGUACGGCCUCACGGUCGUAGCCAACAUCAUGCAAAACGAGUACAUUCUGGGAGCUGACAAUGACGUUGCCGGACUUAGGAUGAUUUUCACUCAAAAUGACUCCUCAAAACAAGGAUUAUCUCUGACCUCACGCUGUACUGAGGAAUAUUUCACAUAUGAUAGUGGCCAGGUGUUACUGCAUGACCCAGAAGAAACUCCUCUGGUAGAAGGAAGAGGGUUUAAUGUGGCGCCGGGAAAAGCAACCAAAGGCUCUCUGAACUUAAGCAGCCAUGAUGAACGUUUCAUGACUGAGAACAUCGCCUGGACGUGUGGCUGUCCAAUCCCGUGUAAGAUGAACAUCUACAACGCGGAGGUUUCUAUGGGGGAUUAUCCGUCUUCUGCUCUAAUGGAGGAGAUACAGACCAUGUUCAAUCUAAACACAACUGAGGCAGAGUUUCGGAACAAUUAUCUCAAGCUUACCUUGGCGUAUGAUGAAUUCCUGAUUGAGUCUAUCAAUCAAGUUCCAGAGUAUGACUUCGAGUCAAUUAUGGGUACCAUCGGGGGUCAGCUGGGCAUUUUCAUUGGCGCAAGUCUGUUGAGCAUAUUGGAGUUUCUUGAAUUCGGAUUGGAGAUUAUCUUUUUCAAGGUUUUGAGGAUGGGGAAUAAAACAAGGCCUCAGUCGUAG